UGUUCCCUUCACUUCUUUCUACUAAAACCAUCAACGUCCGGCAUCUCAAGGUGGCCCGCCAUUCCCUUAUGAUAACUAAUUUAUGGCAAUUCUACUUCAAUUGACAUUGGUAUGGAUGCUAGCCUGAAUUUCUCGUAAACCAGAAUAAUUUUCAAGUUCCGCCCUUUCUACAUCAUGGCAAAGAGAGCAGCCAAGAGAAAGAUGAACUUCGAUGACGAGUCAGAUGGACCAUCUGUCAAGAGUCGCAAUGUCAAGAUGAGUAAAUCAAACGAUAAGAGGCGGCUGUCGCGCCUUGAAGAGUAUGCCGAAGACGAAGGUCGAGAGAGUAGUCGUAAUUUCCAACGAUGGGCCGAGAUUUUCGAUACCACCACAAAUGGGGAAGCUGCCAAGUCUAGAACUUUUAUGAAGAGCUUCGGUGCAAAAGCGAAGAAGCAGACGGACCGUUUACGUGAUUACAUUCAAGAGCAGGAAAAGCUACUUACACAUAAUAAAGACCAAUCCAUUAUAGUUUUCGAAAAGGUUUACUCAACCAUCGCCGUCUCACUUGGAUCGUCCGGCAAGCCAGACGAUAGAGCAGGUGCUACUCGGAAGGAAGAGCAUGCCUUGUUUAAGGAUUACCAAGCCCUCCUCUCAGGGAGCCACUCGCUUCUUACACAGUUCAAGAAGACCGAUGAGCGCCUUAAGAACUACAAGAUCGAGCUCCCCAGCGCAAAAUGGAAGCAAGAUAAGCUGGACAUAAAAGACCUCCUGGCUUGUGGGCGCGAGUAUGGGGAGAAACUAGUGGAGAAAAAACUUGCCCCGUCUGGUUACCUAUCUCACCAACCGGGUAGCAACAAAGCAGACGAGAAGGAGAAGAUAGCAUCGGAGCUAUUCAAGGAGAGCCACAAAUGUGUGGAUGGGAAUAGCUGGGGCGUGGUUGCUGCAGAACAGGUCAAGAGACUCCGAGCCAUCGUCAAUACGAUCCCCUCUAAAGAAUUAGAGAAAGCGAGAUACUGAGCUGACAGCAUAUUGGAGUUUGGGAUGGUGUUACCUACAUAGGUACUACUAAUUAAUGGGGGCAUAUGUCAUGUCAUAUACCUGUCGUAGCUUUUGCUUGUACUGUAACUUAUGUAAGUCAAGGCUAAUAUUGUAUUGUACUUAGGUAAUCGGGAUUGUGGGGGGAGAUUACAUGCAUGUAAUGUGGUCUGUGCACUUGGUAGAUAGUUAUGUAGUGUAG